AUGGUAAAGAUAAGGAGAUUGAUGUAUUUGUGCAGGUACUCUGACUUCCUGGUGAAUGAGAUCAGCCUAGAUGGUGAGGUUGUGAGACUAACUAACACUGACCUGCCCUGUCCACUACCCCAAGCAACACCACAGGUAGAGACGGGAUCCCUGGUACUGGUCUCAAGAGAGGAUGCUGACAAGCUCACUGAGCUCCUACAGUCUAAAGACACGUCCAGGUGUGUCACCAUACAGGCAUCAACAGACAAGGGUGAGAGGACAAGAAUGCAUGCCGAGAUAUCACGAUGUUUCCCAGGGCUAGAGACGGAUACGGUGGUGGACGGGGACAAUAGGCUGAUACAGGCCCGAAUCACUACAAACAAGGGCAAUGCGCGUCACAACUGGCCAAAGGGGCGUGGAGAUUACUGCCGGUUUGUUCUCUACAAGGAAAACAAGGAUACCAUGGAUGCUGUGGGCCUCAUAGCCAAGAUGAUCAGUCUGAAGAGCAGCCUGUUCCAGUACUGUGGAACCAAGGACAGACGAGGGAAAACCAGCCAGCACAUCUCGGUCUACAAGGUUGCCCCAGAAAAACUACGAGGUCUCAAUAAGAAACUAAGAAAUAUAGUCCUUGGAAAUUUCAGCUAUGUGGAGAAGCCCCUACAGUUGAGUGGUGCUCAGGGUAGCAAGUUCACAGUGGUUCUACGGUCUGUGACUGGUUCUCAGGAUCAAAUUGAUGCUGGGAUGACCUCGCUGCGGGAGACCGGCUUCAUCAACUACUUUGGCAUGCAACGUUUCGGCACCUCGGCUAUACCAUCUCAUCAUAUCGGCAGGUAUGGCCUUGUUGUUGGGAGACUUCAAACAGCUGUAGAACUGAUUCUGAAACCAAGACCCGGAGACACACAAGAUGAACAGUUGACUGCUGCACGCCAGUUUUGGUGGGAGAAACGAGACAGCAAGGCGGCUAUCAACAAGUUUCCCAAGUUUUCUUACAUUGAGAGGAACAUUCUGUCUGGACUUGUAGGCAAUGAGAACAACUUCCUUGGGGCUUUCCAAAAGUUAUCACGCAACAACCGACUGAUGUACGUACAUGCCUACCAGAGUUACAUAUGGAACGUGUCCACAUCCCAUCGAGUCAAGAAAUACGGGCUUAAACCCAUGGUUGGGGACCUUGUCAUACCAGGGGUGGGGGACUACGGACAGGAAGAGGACACAGAUGAGCAAGCAAGUGAAGAUUCUGACAGCAAGCCAAAGCCUGUGAUUGUUACUGCAGAAAAUAUUGCUGAGUACAGUAUCUAUGAUGUGGUGUUGCCCACGCCUGGACACUUCUCCGUGUACCCAGAUAAUGACAUCAAGUCACUGUAUAAGGAACUCAUGGAGAAAGAUGGUCUUGAUUACACAGACAUGAAGCGGAAACAAAAGGACUUUUCCCUACCAGGGACUUAUAGACACAUUAUUGUGAAACCAAAGGACGUAUCCUGGCAACUCCAUCACUAUGAUGACCCAAACAUUCUUGUGCUCAGUGACUGGGACAUCAUCAAGGAAGAAAAACUGCCAGAAAACACAAAUGAAGGCAGUAAACUUGCACUGGAGGUUACAUUUUCCCUCCCUCCGUCCUGCUAUGCUACCAUGGCUUUACGAGACCUGCUCAAAAUCGACACGUCAGCAGGGUAUCACACUUCAUUGACUAACGCAACUUGACAGACAAGGGUCUUUUAAAGGGACUCCCAUGUGUUCAUUCUAAAAUAAAUGUACGGUGACAACGAUAUUAUUUACUUCUUUUGAGUAAUGAAUUGUCCAGGUUCCAGGAUCUUGCAUGAAGCCGCUGACAUUGGCAUGAUGGCUAUGAGAAAACCUUGUCUUUUAUAUUAAGAAAACAGAUCUUAAAUGUCUUCAAAUUAACAAAUUGGCCAAUCUGAAAAUAAUUAUACUCUAGUGGAUAGACAUUUUGAGCAGAUGAAAAAAGGAUUGGUAACCGCUGUUAUCUUUAUCCAGGCUUGCCGGAUUUGUUUUAUCUACAAAAUUGUUGCACUAUUUUGGCAGAUAUUGCACUCAAAGACAAACUUCAAUAGGGCCUUCUUUGUUAGCCCACAAUUCUCAUAAAUUCUUGAAUGAAUCUUGUCUCAAGAAAGAAAAAAAGAUGAAAUCAAGUCA